CAUCUAGACAUCAUCAAGCCAGAGAAAUAAUACGUAGUACUACACAAUGUUCAAGAUCGAUUUGAUGCAAUCCCGUGGAGGAAAGUCAUGGGAUGAUGGUGGUUGUGGUGAAGUUGCCGGCAUCCUCAUUUCCUAUUCUGCCUCCUCCAUUAACUCUCUGCGUUUCCUCUGUUCCAAGGACGGCGCGUUGAAGUUUUCGGAAGAUCAUGGCACACUUAGUGACAGCACACAGAUGCUACAGAUCAGACUAGACUACCCAACCGAGGUCCUCACCGAGGUGCACGGCUUUCGGUGGUCCACUCACGUGUCUUGGGGUUAUGGAUUGUGUUCGAUAACAUUUGUGACGAACAAGGCCACAUAUGGACCCUUUGGGGUAAAGAGGUCGUCGCUCGACGACAGCGUAUUCAAGUUCCAAUUGGGCAGUGAAGCUGAUUCCAUUAAUGGCUUUCACGGAACUGUCAACAGUCAUGGUCGCAUCGAUAGCAUUGGUGUUUAUCUACAGACAACAACUGCCUGCCCCGAUAAUCUCAUGUCUCGGAAGAUUGUAAAAUAAUAAAAUGUUAUAUUAACAUUAUCUGUCUCUAAAAUUAUCUUUUGCUUCAUUCACAUGUGCGGGUAUGCAUGCAUUCUAUAUUACGAUGUUGUUCGAUAUAAUUAAUUACAAACAAAUUCCUCACAUUAUUCAUAAAUAAAGAGUUAUGC